UGCCUCAUCUGGCGGGUUGCAUGGUGAACCAUCACGCGGCUUGAAAAAAAAAGAUUCCACGACGCCAACUACCACGUAAUAUUUGGCCCUUGGCAAGCCCAGCGCGAUGGCCAUGGCGACCGAACUCCGGUCACCGCUCGUCCGGCAGCAUCGACAAGGCCUCGCUGCCGCGGCUGCAGCGCCCCUGCUCAUGCUCCUGUCCGUGGCAACCUUAUCCCGCUCAUCGGUGGUGGUGGCGGCGAGCUCUCCGGAGCUCGUCGAGCUGACCCUCCUCGCCGGCGCUCGGGAGAAGGGAGCGGUGUGCUUGGAUGGAAGCCCGCCGGCUUACCAGUUGCAAAGAGGUUUCGGCUCCGGAUCACACAGCUGGCUCGUCUAUCUUGAGGGAGGAGCUUGGUGCAACACCAUGGAGAGUUGUUCCAAGCGCAAAAUGAUUAACCUUGGUUCAUCUCACUUCAUGAAAGCAGAAGAGUUCAAUGCGAUACUCAGCAACCAGCACCCACAAAAUCCUGAUUUCUACGACUGGAAUAAAGUUUUUAUAAGGUAUUGCGAUGGGGCAUCAUUUGCCGGGGAUGCGGAGGGUGAAGAUCAGGAUGGAACCAAACUGUUCUUCAGAGGAUUGCGCAUCUGGGAGGCAGUUGUUGAUGAACUCAUGGGAAAAGGAAUGGGCACUGCUAAACAGGCCUUACUCGCAGGUUGUUCUGCUGGUGGUCUAGCUACCCUACUGCACUGCGAUAAUUUCCGUGCAAGAUUUCCUCAGGAGGUUUCAGUUAAAUGCCUUCCUGAUGCUGGAUUCUUUAUUGAUAUAAAGGAUUUAUCAGGAAAAAGGUUUCUGCGGUCGUUCUACGAUGGAGUUGUUCACCUUCAGAAUGUUAGAAAAGUUUUGCCCAAGGACUGCCUUGCAAAGAAGGACACGACAGAGUGUUUCUUUGCUGCUGAGCUUAUUAAGAGCAUCAGCACCCCCACAUUUAUUCUGAACUCCGAUUAUGAUUAUUGGCAGAUACAAAAUGCUCUUGCACCAGACGGAUCUUAUCUUGGACAGUCAUGGUCAGGUUGCAAAGCUGAUAUUCAGAACUGCAGUUCCAAACAAAUUGAUGUAUUGCAUGGAUUUAGGCAGAAAUUCAUCAGUGAGUUGAAGGUUGCUGAAGAUAAAAAGAACUGGGGGCUGUUCAUUGAUUCAUGCUUCGCCCACUGUCAAACGCUGCACAAUACCACAUGGCAUUCGCCGACCUCCCCAAGACUUGGUAAUAAGACUAUUGCAGAGGCUGUUGGGGACUGGUAUUUUGGUAGAAGCCAAGCAGUAAAGCAGAUUGACUGCAAGUAUCCAUGUAACCCCACAUGUUAGCUGCCUACAUAACCUUCAAGGGACUGAGCCGAGGAUUGUCUUUCCUCAAUUUUUACAGCUUGUUUACUCCAUCCUACCUGUGCUGUUGAUAAACACACGCUUGUAAUAAGUGGAAUUGUACCACAGUAGGGGUUUCCCCUACUGUUUCCCCACAAAAAAUAAGUGGAACUUUCCUCUUGGCUAUUGCCAGGUCAAAACAAUACAGAAAAACUGAACAAUGACAAUCUUGGAUGA